UGUGGGUUUGACAUCCAAUAGCCUGAUCACGGCUUUAGUCAGCCCCUGCUCACAGGACAUCCCUUUUAGUUAAGGUUAGCCUCGACUGAAAUAUCAAACCACACAAAUAGGACCGAGAUUUCCUCCUUACACCUGCAACAUCCCUCCACAUUCCCAGCUAGAACCACCGCGUAGUAACCAUGUCUGUAGCAGGGCUGAAGAAGCAAUUCCACAAAGCCACUCAGAAAGUGAGCGAGAAAGUGGGAGGCGCGGAGGGAACGAAGCUCGAUGAGGACUUCACUGAAAUGGAAAAGAAGGUGGACACCACCACAAGGGCGGUGAUGGACAUCAUGACCAAAACGACUGAGUAUCUGCAGCCCAACCCAGCCUCCAGAGCCAAGAUGAGCAUGAUCAACUCCAUGUCGAGGAUCCGGGGCCAGGAGAAGGGACCAGGCUACACACAGGCCGAGACCAUCCUGGGAGAGUCCAUGCAGAAGUUUGGCAGGGAGCUUGGGGAGGAGUCUAACUUUGGGCUUGCUCUGAUUGAUGCUGGCGAGGCCAUGCGUGAGCUGGGGGAGGUUAAAGAUGCUCUGGACAUGGAGGUCAAGCAGAACUUUAUUGAUCCACUGCAGAAUCUCCAUGACAAAGAUCUCAAGGAGAUCCAGCAUCACCUGAAGAAAAUGGAGGGUCGUCGUCUGGACUUUGACUAUAAGAAGAAACGUCAGGGCAAAGUGACAGAGGACGAGCUCAAGCAGGCACUAGAGAAAUUUGAUGACUCCAAGGAGAUUGCUGAGCAGAGCAUGUUCAACUUGUUGGAGAGUGAUAUCGAGCAGGUGAGCCAGCUUGCUGCAUUGGUCCAGGCUCAGGUGGAGUACCACACCAGGGCCGCUGAGAUCCUCACACAGCUCUCCAGUAAGGUCGAGGAACGGAUAAGAGAUGCCUCUAACAAGCCCAGAAAAGAGUUUCUUCCCAAACCACGCACAUCCCUGGACUUCUCCAUCAGUGAGAACCACAAUGGAGGCAUUCACAGUGGUGCCGCACGGUCCCCAGGGGCAAGGUCUCCAGCAAGGUCCCCAGCAAGAUCCCCAGCCAGGUCUCCAGCCCCCAUGGACCAGCCGUGCUGUCGUGCACUCUACGACUUUGACCCUGAGAAUGAGGGCGAGCUAGGCUUCAAGGAGGGUGACAUCAUCACCCUGACCAAUAAGAUCGAUGACAACUGGUACGAGGGCAUGUUGCACGGCAACUCCGGCUUCUUCCCCGUUAACUACGUGGAUAUCCUGGUGCCCCUGCCCCACUAGGACAGCAAGCCGCCCGCCAUGACAACCCGCCGUGUUUACAACGGCAAUCAAACCAAUUCCUGGCCUCCAGUUCCUCUGCAUUCCCAGUAUCCUUCUCCUAAACAUUCCUACAACCGCCCUUACUCCACUAAAAGGAGGAAAACACAGCAACAACAGUAACGAAGGCAUAAAAGCGAGGUGUACGCACCAGUUGAACGUGAAAAUGAACUUUCAAAGUAAAUGAGGAAAAAAUAAGUGAUGAUGUUGUUGCUUCCACGCCCCAGGAGUACCCGUCAGGCUUCCAUAGUCAUUUUAUCCAUUUCUCGUCCUGGCUAUGUCUAGGUUUACAUUGGCUGUUAGUCCAUCAUGAGUUUUGUCAAAACAGUUUUUCAAAAUCACAGUUUCUCUCAUUCACUGUACUUUGUGGAAACCUCUAGAUAGCACUUUUUCUCGUUCUCACAUACUGGAAAAAUUUGGUCCACGUGCUUCAUGUUUGUUAGAGACUGUAGGUCAAGCAUGUUUUCAAAUGUUAAUGUUUUAUCUUAUCAAAACACGUUCAAGCUGACUUGUUAUGUUUUUGUUAUUAUUCUUAUUUUUAAAUGGUUGUCUUCUGUUGGCAUCUCAGAUAGUUUCUUAGAGAGACCAUGAACAUUUGAUGCUCUCAAGUCUCUGUCUGAAGGAUGUCUUCAUAUUUAUACUUGAGUUACUCCGAGUUUGACAAAGGUUACUGACAAAUUCACCUCGCUGAAAACUAACAACCAACGUUAGACACAGUACGUUUUUUGCUGAGCAGACCUAAAUGUGCGUGAGAUUGGUCAUAUGUAAUUUAUAUACCAAAGUUACUUGAAUCAACUCUGCGUUUCGUUUCAAGGUUUCCAGACAGCAAGGUGUGGGUGGCAGUUAUAGUCCUUUGGUAUUUUUAUCAAAGGAGUAAAAUUGUAUUAUUCUCCUGUUAUGUUGCAUAUUUGAGCCAGUGAUCAGUGAAGUGAUAAACAUGAAUUGCAAAAAAAAAAUAACAAAUUGUGAAGUUUAAACUGUUUGAAGUGACGUAAGAAAAAUUUGAUGCGUUUGCUCAAUAUGAAAUAAGUUUCAGUCCUCUAAUGUGUAUUUUACCAAUGACUUGGAGAUAUUUGUGACAAAUGGUUGCUGUAUCGUGAUAUAAUAACUUAUAGGAAUUUACUACUCAUCGGGGCACCUGUUUUCUCUGCAGCGGAAGGCAUAGUUCAUUUAGCUGUACCAGAAUCCCUGUUUGUCAGAAAAUGUUUAGCUGUUUAGCUGUCUAUAAGCCACUGAUUAAGAGAAAACUAGAACUAGCCCACAAUCUUCUCCGUGAAAUACUUUCUAAGGAGGACAAAGGUGUUCAUAAAUGGCUCAUAAGAAUGAGAGAACAAUUCCUUUUUUUCUAUCAGUGGCAAUAUUUAAUUCAGUGAAAAGAGUAUUGAUAACUAGAUGCAAAGUCUUCCCACAUUUCCCCUUUUCUCCCCAAUAAUGUGCAAACAAAAGUAACACCACCAGCUCUCCUUUUCCAUCACAGACAAAUUGUUGGACACAUACACUAUGCUUUAUUCUCCCUAACCAGCUACUAUGUGCUAGUAUAGCCAGCUUUUGUGUGCACCCAGGGGGUCUGGACUCUUCUCUAACUGAUGCAUUGAUAUUCCAGAAACUUGAUCAAAAGCGACUUUGAUUACUAUAUGUCGUCUGCAGCCGAGCAGUUCGGUGCUGCGGCUUUUACUCACUGCAGUUUCACAGAUGUCAACUCCAGUGGCUUGCCUGGCAAUGUGUUACCAUUUUGCAAAACAAUCGGUGGGUACGGUGGGCAAUAAUGCUACUGUUUCUCCCGUCUUGUAGUAAUGUUGUGUAUGUACAUAGGGACAGGGUGUUGGUUUGCAAAAUAUCUGUUAUGCACCACCUCCAGUGCUGAGACAUAACUGAUAUCCUGUUUCUGACAGUGUUUAUUUCAGCACUGAAAGCAACAUGGAUGUCUCUUUGAUAAAAGGACCAACGCAUGAUAUAGAAUAACAGUGUUAAUGUCGAUGAAUAGCCAACUGAGAACACAUAUUAAGUGUUAUAUUGAAAAGGGAAGCACAACGUUAAACUGAAAGUAUCAUUUGUUGGUUGGGGAAAAAUAAUGAUAUAAUGUAGCUUGAAGUGGUCAUGCGUUUAUUUAUUUAUUUAUUUUUUAAAAAGGCUAAUAUAAAUUCCUCCUUCCAACAAGAGCCGAUUCCUCCUUGUUUUUCUCUUUCUCUUUUUUUUUAAAACAAUUGUGUGUAUCUUUGCCCUCAAUGAGGACUGUACAGCUUUUCUGUGUUUUGUUUUCACCUUGUAUGUGUGUAUAGUCGCGCAUCUACAGUAAUGUAUCUUAUUUUUGUAACUGUGAUAAAGUAUACACAUAUAGAUGUAUAUAUACAGUAUAUUCAGUAAUUAUCCAGAAGCAAUGUGAAGGGAGGGAUUCUCUGUGCUGCACAUGAUUGUCUUUUGACUCUUUUUUUGUUUUGUUUUGUUUUGUUUUGUUUUUUGUUUUGUUUUGUUUUGGUUUCUGUUGAGUUUCUUUCAUUCCUGCACUGGAUUACAAGACAGUAUGCUUGAUGUAAAAAAAAAUGUUAUGAUAAAAGUCAAUGUAAUUUAUUGAAAUAAAUACCAAGACAUAGUUA